AUGCACCCACAAUUAGACAAAACCAGAUUCAACACAUGUGAAAAACUAAUGGACGCCCUAGAAGAAUGUCACAAACAAGAAUUUUUAAAACAAUGUUUAGGAAUGUGUAAUUUUGAAAAAGAUCAAUUAGCUCAAUGUUUACAUUAUACUAGAGUAAACGACUCUAAGAUUCGAAUUAGGGAAGCUAGAGCUAAGGCGAAAAAAUUGGAUGAUGUUAUGAAAAGAAGAGAAGAAGAAGAGUUUGGGAAAGGUGGGUAUUUGCGUAAAGUGCUUGAGCUUGAAAAGAAAUGA